AAAGGAACAGCGAGCUUCGGGAAGAGGAGGAACAAGACGCAUACUCUCUGCAUCAGAUGCGGCCGCCGCAGCUUCCACCUCCAGAAGAGCCGCUGUGCUUCUUGCGGCUUCCCCGCCGCUCGCCUGAGAAAAUAUAACUGGAGCGAGAAGGCCAAACGGAGGAGGACGACUGGUACCGGAAGGAUGAGGUACCUCCAGUCAGUUUGCGUCAGGUUCAAGUAUAGCUUCAGAGAAGGCAAAAUUCCCAAACUUGAAUUUCUGCUAGAUUUACUUAGAACACACUCUGUAAUUCUGAAAAAUAACUUCCUCUGUAUUUACACUCAUCCCCUGUUUUUUCAGGGACGAUGGCAGCGCCAAGGAAGAAAAACAGAGCCUCUGCUUAAUUGUGGAAAGACGCCAACUUUGCAAGACUUAAUAUAG